CCGGUGAUGUUACCCGUCCCAUGUCUCCUAGCUCACGUCAUGGCGUUCAUGUGAACCACACGCAUCGGUUUCGCAAUAUGCACUUGGUUUCAAUCUCGGGGGGAGGCUUGGAAUACUUUGGGCAGCCUAACGGCUAUAUCGUUCAGGUUAUCAAAGUCAGCCCUUAGUGAAGCUAAACAGCUUCUGAGGUGGACAUAUCCUUCCUCUUCUGCCCUUUCUCGUUAUUCCAGAUUGCUAGAGCCAGUUCGGUCUGUGAAGCUCAAAUCCAUUACAAGCUUAGCGAUCAUGUCCAACGCUCAAGACUUCGAUGCACUCCUUGUGCCCAUGAAGCUGGAUGCCUUCAUCCUCAAUAAAACUGUCUGCGGCACUGGGGAGGAGGGCGACACGAGUGCUCAUAUCUCCCCCAUCACACAGCCAAAUUACACUUUCCUACGUCUAGAAAACUUCUUGAUUCAAAGCGAUAUUCAGACUCAUGCCGACUUACACAAUACGGCCCCGGCUGAUGUUAACUCGCGUAUGAUGGAUCUGGGUGCGCGUCCUGAACCUCUGCCGCUGCGCCAUCGCUAUGGAGUUUAUGUCCACUGGACGUUACCGCGCUUCUACCGGUCUGGCGUAUCGUCUGGCAAGACGGUGCCUGAGGCCGUGCGCAGGCGUGAACGCCUUCGGCGCGGAUUAAAAGCGGUGCCCUCGGAGGAAGAGCAACCACCUAGCAAUACACCUGACUUUGUCCAGCCACCCACGCGUUGGGUUGUAGUCCGCAAGAUUGACAUUGACAGUAUUCAGCCGGAAACGGCCAAGUCGUCGUUUACUGAUCGUGAAUACGAGGCGUGGGUAGUGGAAAGUGAUCACCUAUGGUCGCUUGACGAUAUCCCGCUCGAUGUCGACUUGCAGACGGACCUGGCACCUUUCGUCACCGGGAAAUCGGGAUCAGACGUCAAUAUCGAGGAGCAGGCCGAAGUCUUCAUCGGACGUAGGACGCCACUAGCUCAGUGGACGCCCGAUGACCCCAACUCGGAUGUGCAGCCUCCAAAUAUUAGCCUUCUGCGCAGCGGCAAUCAGCUAUUUGCUGACUUCCAGAUGCACAACUCGAACGUCUUCAGCAUCAUUGACAAUUUUGAGUAUGCCGACGAAAAUGGUGAAUCUCAGUACUUGAGUCACGCUGAAGCUAGCUAUUACGUUCUGGGUUGGCAUUGGAAAGAUGAUGCCGACCCUCUCUGGAAUUCUACUGCAUCCACCGCGCACGGAGCGAGUUUAGAGUCCCUCAUGAUGAAAUUGAAGGGUGCCGAAGAAAAUCCUGGCGACUGGAGCGACUGGCUGGACGCUACCAGCCAGUUGCGAACGUUAUGCCACGGUGCCAUGUACGAUGUAACUUGGGAUGAAGACAAGAAGCCUACAACGGUUCCAGCGGAUGACCACAACGCACGCAUAAGCGACCAGACGCAGGCCGCAGUCUCCAUUGGAACUACUCCCAUGGAUGCGGUUAUAUCCUACUGCCAUGCCCGCAAGGGCCAGGGUGACAUCGACCAAUUAGAAGAAGACAUUCUUGCGCUCGAGUCGUUGCUGCUUUCGCGCGAUGAUGGUGUCGAAGCACAGCGCGAAGCCAAAAACACAGUUUAUAACUGGUCCUUUAAUAGAUCCCCCGGAGGAUCGCACUAUCACUUCUCGGGCGAGGGCGAGGGCGGAACUGAUAAGCAGCCUGUCGAACCUGACCGGCCUGCAGUUCUGAAACUGGCCGAAUUGAAUCAGACCCAGAGCCUAUUAGAUAGCUGUACCACAACCUUGAAGCAGUAUCGCUGGGAUAUGUUCUCGCUGUGGUGGGGUUUCAUGAGCGACAUUGGAAACGGCGAGGGCAGCAGCAAUGAGUCCGAUAUCGAGGUAUAUAAGGGAAAAGUCAACGCUCUAGCAGAGCUUAUCACGGGCCUUCAAGGGCGCAUGAAGGAGCUACAAGACAAUAUUGAUGGCCUACUAAAUCCCACGGAUGGCUCGGGGAACCUGCUGGCAACAGCCAAAGCGGCGAGCAUGCCCGUCUUCUACCGUGCAAAUGACCCGACGGUCCUCAUCGGUGGCAUCCCAUCUGGCUGGCCUACUGACUACCUGGAUAAAGUAGCUGUUCGUGCACCAACUCAGACCAUUCCUGCCAGCGAUGCUUCCAGUCUACCAGCCGCCUUAACGGGUCUCACCGACCUUUUGAAAGAGAAGCUUCCUGAUAUUCUCAAGGAACCUGCUGGUUCUUUAGCAACCGAAUUCUACGUCAUUCAACAGGACGGGAGUAGCUUAAGCGAGCCACCUGCGGGUACCUUCUAUCCCCAGUUCCAUGAUCCUGAUACCGUCACUGGGGACGGGACUCUACGGGACCAGUGGGGAGACCGACAACCGUGGUUUCCCCUAUACGUGGAGUGGGAGACCGAGUACACACAUGUGCCCUUCAACUAUUGGAAGCUUGAUGAGCACACUGCUCGCCUAUCCACCAACGAGAUGGUACGCUAUGGUAUCACUGUUCCUUCUGCGGACGGCCAAGAGCCGCCCCCUCUAUGGGAUGCGCUAGUUAAGGACAGCAGCUUAGAUACGCGUGUGCUGUCCGGUCGUGUACUUAUCCUACCACAACCGAGCUUCUCUCUUGGUGCCAAGAUAGCGCAGCUCUUUGACAAUACUCCCCCAGAUAUCCUUGAUCAGUAUCUGUCAAAAGAAGAGCGUGAUAACUUGCGAGCAAAUGUGGCAAAACUGUCAUAUCUAUCGCUGCCGCUAUCCGGCUUCACCAAUGGCCUAGUGACGCUGGCAGAGGGCAGUCACAUCAAGCCCGAAAACAAGAUCGUUGAGAAUGGUGUUGAGACAAGCAUGGCUAUCACCGCAGCAGUUAAUGAGGCCGCGGGUCUCAGUAGCUCUCACAUUGAGCUGAUAAGUGGCGAGUCGGCCUUGACGCCAUAUGUUGCUUUGGCCAACUUCCUCGACGCCGAAUGGUGUCCUUUUAAGCCCGUAACUCACGGGCAGUUCAGAUUUCGCAAACUCAAUAUUAUAGAUAAAUUUGGUCAGGCCUUAGUUCCCGUCGAUCAAAAUCCCCGAGUGGAUGGUCCUCCUCCCCUAUAUCCUUGUAUCAGCGACUUCUAUGAACCACAAACAAUCAAGCUAGACGACAAGGAUUAUGCCAAUACAGUAAUCCAGGACAAUGCCGCUCAGUGUGAAUUCCUUCAGCUUCCGCCGCAAAUUAAUCAAAACGCACGGCUAAAUACCAACUUUGUCAAACGAAUCGCUGACGAUCCAAGUGAUGAACAAGAGGUUUUCGGGGCCAAAAAGGCACAAUCUAGCGAAACACCGGGAGAAGCUACCUGGCGCCCGGCAUCAGAGUGGGAGAACCCCAUCUGGGGUUGGGUCAUUACGAACUAUGCCGACUACGGUAUUCAGCUAUUCUUACCAGACGGGACCUUUUACCGUGAGGUUCGCUUCGGUGGACCUCUCGGUACGUUAGAUGCCCCUAAGUGGCUUCCCUUUAGUCCCGGUCAAAACUCGUCGGACCCUACUCCUGAAACGCGCCAGCUUGAUGCCCUCGUCGAAAAGCUCACCGAUCGCGACUAUCUCUAUGGCUUCUGGGCAAUGAUAACGAAGGCUCAGGAUACGCUUCCACCCGCGCCUAAUGACUAUGCUGCGUUCCUCAACUCUAUCGUGGGCAAGCCACUCGCCCUCGUCAAUACGGGCUUGUCUCUAGAGCUCGAUUGCCCUCCAUUCAAAAAUCAAAGCACCAGGACAAACGUUAGCGCUAAAGAUCCGGAGCGUGACCUAACGAAACCGACUGACCCGGAUAGCGACAAGGAUUAUUACCAAUUCCAGGUGCGGUUGGGAGACCGCGACGCCGCCUACGACGGGUUGGUAGGAUAUUUUGACACGACGGCCCCAGGUACUGACGAACUCAAUCUCGACUACAUCAGGACGUUCUUUGCUCCUGACGAUAAGGAGCUCGUACCACUAAAACCCCUCAAUACCAACGAGUAUCCGCUCUUCACACCUUUCUGGGAGCCUCCCUACCCAACUGAAUCUUCUUCCUCUGGUAGCCCAGUCGAGCCAGCGGACUUCGACAACCGUCGCAACGCGAAGAUGUCCGUCUUCGGCGCCAUCAUCGACCCGUUCACACCCGUACACGCGUAUUCAUCCUUCCUGCCGACGUCAGAACUGCUCCUGCCGUCGUGGACGUGGCAAAAGGCCAUGAACACCAUGACCGCAUUCUUCCACGCGGGGCCCCUCACAGUGCCGCUCAACGACGUGCCCGUCUACGACUCGUCGCAGCUGCUGACGCCGCAGAACGCCCGGGAUAUUCCCAAGCGCGAUCUGCCGCUGCCGUCCCUCGGCGCUGGCGACUGGAGCUGGUUUCAGCCGUACGUGCCUGCAUCGGAUGGAGAUACCGCGUUCAAUCCCUUCGGCAUCGAGAAGAGGGGGGAUCUGAGGAAGCCCGCGUUCCAGGAUGGGCCGUAUACGGCUGUCGAGGGGUUCUUGCAGUUGCGGAACCCGAUCAUGAUGCCUAAGGAACAGGAUACGCAGUGAGGUAGUCCAAGUAGUUGGCCUGAUUGAAGUUGGGAGUUAUUG